ACAAACUUAGAUCUCUCACGCUGGCUACACGUCGACUGCGUGUUUUGGACCAUGGAAUGAAGUAUGUUACGGCGAUAGCUAACACUGACCUCCUUCCAUAUUGCCGGAUAGGGCCCUUGACUGCUCGACUCACACGCUAUCGAAGGUUCUGGAGUACGCGUCGGGUGUGGCGAGCCGCGACCCAAUCGGUGUAGGUGUGGCAGAAAGAUGAUGGGAAAAAAAAACAUAUCAACUGACCGACCUAUGAACAACUUCGUUGGGUUGAUAGGUAAAUCUUAUGGUGCAAUUGGGUUGAGUGUUGUUCAAGUUGUAUGGCCCGAAGUACAAAGAUUGGGCCGUCCUUCAAAGCUUUACACCAUUCCUCCGGCGGCGCGCUGGUUGCCAGUAAGCCUUCGCAAGAAUCGCGGGGAAGGUGAAGCGCCGAAUAUGGGAUGUGUCUCGCUAGGAGACAGGACAAGUAGAAAACCAGACCCCACCCCCUCCUUGCCCUUUUCUCCACUUCAUCCUGACCCACCAAGUACCUCUGCGCUCCCUUCGUUGCCACCAAAUCCCGAAAUGCCCGGAGACAAAUCCGUUGCUCCAAGCAACUUCGCUGCUCAAGCGCUCAUAGGCGAUCUCGGGACUUCCUCUUCACCAGCCCAUAUGACCCCGAGGCUCUACGCCCAUGUUAGCUUCAUGAAGAGCGCCUCGACACGUGACCUCCUGGUUGGCUCCGCUGAAUAUGUUUUUGGGGAGCGCUGAAGUGGAGUAAUAUGCUUGGUGUUGAGCUCGCACGUAGAGAACGCUCACACAAUUUUAUAAGACUUUAAAGGAAAGUAAGGUUGGGAAAUGCCCAUGGAUCAUUGAUUGAUCGUCAU